AUGGGUAUCUGUUCUAGUAGACAGAAAGAUAAUUUAUUGUCAGAUGUUGAUAAUAUUCCUUUAUUAACUCGAGGUUAACUUGGAUUUGAUAUAAUUGUUGAAAAUAUUAAAGUUAAAAUGGAUGAUAUAGUAUAAUGUUUAUUAAUUAUAAUAAGUAAAGUUGCAAAGUGAAAGUGAUUAUAUCAAAUUAUUCAAGCUUUGAGACUGAAAUUGAGAAUGAAAUCUAAGGAUAAUUUUAUGUAAUAAUAUAUUAAUCUUUUAGUUUAAACAUAUUCACAAAUUUUAAUUGAAAAGUAAUGAGGAAUAACUUAAAUAACAAUUUGUUAUUGUGGAACUGAAGAAUGAAAAGGAUGAAUAGAUUUCCACAUUUAAUCUCAAUUUAUAUUAAAUAGCUACAGGUCCAUUUCAUUUUGAUUACGAAAUCUCUUAAUUAGGAUCUAGAAAACAUGGAAAAGUGAGUUUUGAUUUCAAGAUGGCUUAAAUUCUUAUUGUUAGAUUUAUUCCAAAAUUAAUUGAUUUUAAUUUAGAAGAACCUUUAAAUAAACAUGAAUAUUGUUUCUAAUUAAGAAUGCUGACAUCACAAUUACAAUUUCAUUCUGAAUAUUCUCCAGUCUUUUAAAAUCAAUUAUUCUAUAAAACAUAAUAAAUAUAAUCUAAUAAAUAAAUAUUAUGGAAAGAUUCAAAAGUUGAAAUGGAAGUAGAAGUACCUUUAAUUGAAAUAACUUCUUCUUCCAUUUAAAUUGCUUUAUUUCAUAUAGGGAAAGAUGGUAAAAAAGAAAUAGAAUGUGAAGCAUAUGUUAAUUUAAAUUAUGCAUUAAAUUAAAAAGCUGAAUAGGUAAUUAUAUUAUUUAUAUUAUUUAGAUUAUUGAUAAGGGAAUUAAGUCUUAUAAAAUAGACUGGAAAUAAAACAAUAGAAGAGUUUGGAAUCAUGGAGUUUUAGAAGGAAUACUUAAUUAUCAUCUAGAAAUUAUUUUGCCAUUUCAUUUAAAAUAAUAAAUAGUUGGAGUUCGUACUGAUAAAGGAUUAUCCUAAGGAACCAGAGUGAUUAAUUAAGCUAAAGCAAGUAUAAGAGAAAUAUAACAAUUAAGUUCUGCUGGAUAAGGUCUAUUAGACACUUAAUAUAUUAUAUUUAGUAAAGUAAAUCAAUUAUUAAUAUUUUUAAUAGACUGAACCUGAUUCAUAAUUAAUUCAAUAAUAAAAUGAUUUUAUUAUUUAGAUCAUUGAUAAUUUAAAAUUAAGUCAUAAAUAAUCUAUGGUGUGUUUUGAAUAUAAAACUUAAUAAGAUCUCUUUAACUCUUAAAAAUUAUUAAUUGAUUUAGCAAUUAAAUUAUUAGAAACAGCAGACUAAUAAUAAGAGACAUUAAGAGAAUAAUAUUAUACUAUACUUAAAUUAAUAAUGAAUAGAGGAGAAUUAAGUUUAGCUUAAUUGGGAUUUUCUGAUUAAACACAAAAAACAAAUGAAAAGUUAUUAAAAUUAAAAAUGGAAAUUGGUUUAACCUAUUAGAUCUUUUUAUAAAAAGGAUUAUCAAUAACAUUAGAGAAAUUAAAAUAAAAAUCAUUGGCACAAAAUGAAAGAUCUUUUGUUGAAAAUUUCUUUGCAAAUGCUUAUUUUAGAGUACCAGAAUUUAGAAAUAGAAUAAUUGUUUGUGUUUAAAGAACAGAUGAUGAAUAAAUACCAGAAUGGAGAUCUUUAACUAAAUCAACAGGUGGAAUACCUAAUUAAGAAUUUAAUGAUAUUUUUGAUUGGAAUAAACAUUUUUAUGAAUAUCUUAUGAAAUAACCAAAAUAUUAUGCCAAUAAUCAUAAAAUGAAUGAAAUAAUUAAUUAAUAAAUGUGGUAAAAUCAAUUAGGAAAAAGAGGAACUGUUUUCUUUUUAUUUAUCUAAGAAUGGUGUGAUUUGUUAAAUACAUAUAUAAUUAAUACAAAAAAUGUACCAUACCACUAAUUACCAGGAUACUUUUAACUUAUUAAGGCAUUUUUUGUAGAAUUAAAAACAAGAUAAAUAAGCAACUAUCCAGAAUCUCUUAAGAUAGCUUUAUGUUCAUUACUUAGAAACACUAAUUUAUUAAAUACAAUAAUAAUCAUUUUAUUCAGUAAAGUUAGUUUAUAUAACUCUGAUGAUGUAGUUCAUUGUUUAGAUCUAUUAAAUAAAUGUUUUUUAAAAAUAAGCCAAUUUAAUUUAUGUAUGCCAUCUUUCUUAGACUAAAAAUAUUUUUUAAAAGGAAUUAGAGUUAUCCUUACUUAAAGUGAGCAUGCAUAAAGUAUAGCUAAAUGUUUAGAAUUAAUUUACACAAAUUAUAUAUUAUUUCCAGGUAAAUUUUAAUUAAUAUAUAAUUAGUGGAUCUUAAGAAAGAAUUGACUGACAUGAUAUUUGAAAAUUUAGCAAUUAAAUUUUUUAUUCAUUGGUCUUAUAAUGUCAGAUUAAUAUUUCGUUAUUUUUUGAUUUAUCGCAUAUUUCAUUUACAUAAACCUCUUAAAGAUAGAGAAUUUAAUGAAGAGUAUAAAAUUAAUUUAUUUUAGAGAUCUUAUUGAAAAAUAUUAAGAAUAAUUGAAACCAAAAAAAUAACAUAGCUAUUUUGACUAAAGAAACUCUUCCAAAUAGAUUAUUGUAUAUAUAUAUAUUUAAAUCAAUAGUCAGAAUAUAUCUAUUUAAAGUACAUUAGAUUUAUGUAACAAAUAGAAGAAGGUAAACAUUUAAAAUAAUAAAAAACAUGUCAUUUAAAUUUGAAUAAUAUUACUAGAAUUGAAGAACUUAAAUAUAAACUUAAUAAAUUAUAGUCUAAACUUAAUAAUAGAGAAAAAGAUGAUAGUUUUAUUUAACAUUCCUUUAAGAUUAUUCCUAAUAAUUAAAUUGAUGAUACAGUUUUACCAAUUCAAACUACAGAACAGAAUUCAGAAAAAUUAGUUUUAAAUAAAGGAAAGUUACCUAUACAAUAAAUUAUAUUAUCAGAAAUUUAAUUGAAAUAUUUGAUCAUUUCCUGUUCAGAAUAUGAAGAUUCAAUACUGUAAUAUUAAAAAUGGAGAUAAACAAACAUUCCUGAUAAUUAUAAUACUUUAAAAGAAGAAUGUAAGAUUUUUAUAAUAUUCAAGAAAUAUUAACUGUAAUCGAAUCAUUCGUCGUACCUGUUGUAAGAAUUCUAGAAAUUUAAGAUAAAAAUGAAGGAAAUCUUAUACAGAGAGAUGAUUGGUGA